CUCCACAUUCCUUUUUAUCUCGCUCUCCCGCACGCCGAGUCUCGAUUGACACCACAGCCGCGAUCCCUCACCUUACAGGGCUCCGCCCACCCCUCUCCCAUACUUUUAUCUGGAAUUUUCUGCCCUCGCUCAUACAAAUAAACACCUCACCCUCCUUUCGCGCACUACUCGGGCAGUUGGCCGGUGCCCUAGCUUAUAGCUCACCUCACCCUCGACACUACCUCGAGGACCUCUACACUCCACACUCCCUCAAGCAGUUGCCACACUCACCUACUCAACACCCACCUCCGCCAUGGCUAACAUGGCUCCCGCCAACCAGUUCCACGACUCUAGGUCAUCUCGCCCUCGCAGUCGUCGCAACUCCACCCGCCGGAGCUUCGCGUCAUCUCUCCCAAAGUCAAGCCCUUACAUCGACUCACCUAGGACGCCGUGUCCCAAGGACGGCGACGCUUUUGCCUACGACCCGACUCACCUCAAAGGAUGGUAUUGCCCUCAAGCAACCUGGGACCGUCUUCCCACCGCUGUGCAGAAGAGCCUUGCUGCUGUUCAGCAUGCUGGCGCCUCAGCCUUGACUGGCUUCGAACGUCUUCAAGAGCACAGUGGGGUCAGCAACGGUUCCCGCACUGACCAGAAGUCUCCAGAGGAAGAGAUCUUGGUCGAACUCGACGAGCUCCGCCCACAGAAGUUCCGCACUGCCAGCAACGCUAGCAGCGUCUUCUUGUCUGACAUCUCAUCGCCUACCUAUAGCGGAACCCCAGCAUCGGACUCUGGCUCUGCUUCCCCUGUUCCUUCAACUUUCUCGCUCUCUCAGUCUGCGGCCACUCCCGCUCCCAUCUCCCUUGGACCACCAGAUCUCGAGACUAAGCGCAGCUCAACACGCGAGCGCUCCUUCUCCACUCCACUUGAGCCGCAGGACGCCAAGUACGCCUCAGAGUUGUCGUACUUGCGCACGGAAGCCCUUCCUCGUCUUCGUCACACCGGCCAUAAGGUCGACACUGAGUGGUAUGACGCCAAGCGCACUGGUUCCGUUGCUACCGAAGAUGUGCAGACCUUCGAGAACUGGUGGGGCGAGACAAAGUGCACGAUCCUGAAGCUUAGCGAGACGGGCAAGAAGUUGGCUGAAGCUAACGGCGUGACAUCCAACGGUAUGGGCUGGACUGCUCCAUAGUCGCUAGUGAGUCUCUCCGUUAUAAAGGCUUGGGCCUUUUCUUACGUUUCCAUCAGAUUGACGCGAAGUUCCUACUUCUUUUCCUUUUCACCUAGGGUAUCUGUUUCUUUGAGCGAGGAGUUGGUUUCGGUAUCUACCGUGGAUAAUGC